AAUGGAUAAAUUACAACCAUAUUUCAGAAAAGCAUAAGAUUUCUUGAGGGUCUUCUAUACAAAGAGAGGAAAGAAUGGAAUGGCAUAAGUGGCAGCUUUGAGUUUUGGAUUGCUCUAUCUUCAAUAUCAAAUUAGAAAAUAUAAUGGGUAAUUUUUUAAUUUAUUGUAAGAUGGUUAAAGAAGAAGAGUGUAACUAAUGAACAUAUAUUUAUUACAGGAGGAGCAAGUGGUAUUGGAAGAAAUAUGGCAAUAAGAUUUGCUAAAUUAGGAGCAAAAGUACUUAAUUUUAAUAUAUAAAGAUAUCAAUUGUUGAUGUGAAUUCAGAAGCUUUGUAAAAAGUUGUUGAAGAAAUAAAUAAGACAUAUGGUGAAAAAACUGCAUUUGGAGCUUAUUGUGAUGUUAGUGAUCCAAAAUCUGUUAAAAAUGCAAUUUAAGAGUGCAUUGAUUAUCAUAAAAAGAACAUAGAUAUUUUGAUUAAUAAUGCAGGAGUUGUGAGUGGAAAGCAAAUUCUUAAUAAUUCAGAAGCUGGUAUUUCUAAAACAAUCAAUAUAAAUACAACUGCACAUCAUUGGACUGUCAGAGAAGUAUUAGAAAAAAUGAUUAAUAAUAAUCAUGGUCAUAUUGUUACAAUAGCUUCAAUAGGAGGUUGGGUUGGAGUAAGAGGAUUAGUAGAUUAUUGUGCCUCUAAAUUUGGGGCUGUUGGUUUUGAUGAAUCUCUUAGAUUUGAAUUAAGAGCUAUAAAUUCUAAAGUUAAGACUACUUGUAUUUGUCCAUAUUUCAUCAAUACAGGAAUGUUUGAUGGAGCUAAAUCUAGGUUUCCUCUUCUACUCCCAAUAUUAUCUGAAAGUAAUUAUUUUAUUAAUUGUUUAGAUUAUGCAUCAUAAAGAAUUGUAAAUGCAAUUUUCUAAGAUGAAGCUGUUGUGAUAAUGCCUAUUAUUCUUAAUUUAGCAAUUAUGGUGAAAGCAAUCUUCCCAACAUGUGUCUAUGAUAAUAUGAUGGAAAUGUUCGGAGUCAGCGAAUCUAUGGAUCAUUUUAAAGGCAGAGCAUUAUAAAAUUGAU